CCCUCAGAGAAGAGCUGUGAGGUCCCACCUGUGAGGCCACAGGCCCCGCAAACCCCUCCCCGGCCCGCCCUCCACUGCGUCUCCCACCUCCGAGCAUGACCCGCCCGCUGCUCAUCUCCUUGGUCAGCUGCCUGGUUGCUGUCAGUCAAGCCAGCCUCAUCAACCGCUGUGACCUGGCCAAGGUGCUGCACCAGGAGGACCUGGAUGGCUUUGAGGGCUACUCCCUGAGCGAUUGGCUGUGCCUGGCUUUCGUGGAAAGUGAAUUCAAUAUAACAAAGGUAAAUGAAAAUACAGACGGCAGCUUUGACUAUGGCAUCUUCCAGAUCAACAGCCACUACUGGUGCAACGAUUACCGGAGUCACACGGAGAACAUUUGCCAAGUAGAAUGUGAAGAACUGCUGAGCCCCAAUCUUCUCUCAAUCAUCAACUGUGCAAAAAAGAUUGUGUCUGGAGCAGGAGGGAUGAAGAACUGGGUAAAGUGGAGGUUGCACUGUGCAGGCCGGCCACUCUCCUACUGGAUGACAGGGUGCCACUUGGGAUGAGAAAGUGGGCAGAGGCCUGUGGUGGAGUCGUUCCAGAAUGCCUCUCCUCACUUGGGAAUUCUUCAUUUCUUCUUCCUCUUGCCUCCACUUCCUGUUAUUUUCUUCCCUUCCCAUUUACAAAUAAAACUGACCAGAGCCCCAGAAAUAAGUGGUUUUCUAGGGCUUCCUUCUUGUUCCCAUCCAAGCUCAGGCCCCUGGCCCCUGGCUGCCAUUUACAAACCAAAAAGACCACAAUGAAGAAGUUUCUAUAUUUUUGGAAUUAUUAAAGCCUUCCUUGUGCAAA